GUUCAACCGGGUGCAUGUAUUAAAGGCUACCUUCUUGGUGGGUAUCGUCUUACAUUUACGUAAAGCCGUCCGCCAUACUGGUAGAGGCAACCAAAAUAGCCGUAGUACGUAGUGAUCGACAUUCCAGGCACUCCUAAAGAAACAGGAGGAAUACACCGCGCCCGGGCCCCUUAGAGGUCUGGUGUAUCGAUCUGUGCUAGCUGCACGAUUGUGAUUAGGCGUCACCAGUGGAGUACACCAAAGCAUAACACUAAUUACACCCUGACAACAAACUAGACAACAACAAUAACAACAAAAUGGCGGUAGUUGCUGUGUUGAUGGUUCUGGGUGUGUUGGCGGUUGUUGGGUUGGCUAUAGCUGGUGUAGCGUACCUGGCGUAUAUCUACUACAUGCACCGCAAGUACGACCACCUACCAGGGCCACCCAGGAAAAGCUUCAUCAGUGGCCAUAUAGAUGACAUGACCAAGUGUCUACAGGAUGGGAAAUUCACACAAGACAUGAUCUUAGAAUGGUGUGAAAGAUAUGGCCCCAUAGUGAGGUUGAACUUCCUACAUAGAGUCAUCAUCUUUGUAUCAUCUCCAGAAGCUAUCAGGGAGCUGCUUGUGACAGGAAAGUACAUCAAACCUCCAGACCAGUACGAGCGGAUAGGGUCCAUCUUUGGAGAAAGGUUCCUAGGAGAGGGCCUGGUGACGGAGACCAAUCAGGAGCGGUGGCACAAACGGAGGCGGAUCAUGGACCCAGCCUUCAGCAGGAAGUACCUCCAGACUCUCAUGGACAAGUUCAACACCAGCGGAGAUCUGUUCGUGGAGAAACUCCAGACGCUGGCCGACGGCGUAACUCCAGUCUCCAUGGUGGACAUGUUUGGCCGUGUCACACUGGACGUCAUCGCUAAGGUUGCCUUCAGUAUGGACUUGAACACCAUCCUGGAUGACCACACCCCGUUUCCCAUGGCAACCUACAUCACCCUGUCAGCACUCAUCCAGCAGUUCAGGCAUCCUUUCAUGGAGUAUAACCCAUUCCAGCGGGACUACAUCCGGAAGGUACGAGAGGCGUGCCGGCUGCUGCGGAAGACUGGUCACAGCGUGCUGCAGGAACGUCAGGACCAGAUCAGGCGCGGAGAACAGCUCCCCAACGACAUCAUGACCCUCAUUCUCAAAGCCAAUGAUGAAGAUUCAGGUCUGACUGUGGAGAAACUUGUAGAUGACUUUGUCACAUUUUUUAUAGCAGGCUCUGAGACAACAGCCAAUCAGCUGUCCUUUACCCUGAUGGAACUUGGGAGGUAUCCAGAUGUCUUAGAAAAACUUCGAGCUGAGAUGAGGGAAGUGUGCGGCAACAAGGAGUACAUCACUUAUGAGGACAUUGGGAAGCUGCAGUACAUGGGGCAGGUGCUAAAGGAGUCCCUGCGGAUGUACCCGCCCGCGACCGGCACCUCUCGGCUGGUUGAAGAGGAGAUGGAACUGUGCGGACACAGGAUCCCUGGAGACACUGUCCUCAUUACGAGUACCUACAUCAUGAGCCACAUGGAGAAACACUACCCUGAGCCAUACACCUUUAACCCAGACCGCUUCACCCCAGAUGCUGAUAGGCCCCUGUAUACAUACUUCCCAUUCUCACUGGGCUCCAGAAGUUGUAUUGGACAGCAUUUCUCUCAGAUUGAAGCCAAAGUGCUGCUGUGCAAGUUCCUCCAGAAGCUGGAGUUUGAGCUGGACCCUAACCAGUCCUUUGCUGUGUCGGAAGCCAGCACGCUUCGCCCCAAAGGCGGCUGUAUCUGCAUGCUUUCCAAGCUCGAAAAGUAGCGUCAGCUUAGAGUUUUGCUAUAUCGGCCAUCCCCACUUUUAGAAGUAUCAAAAUAUAUACUUUUAGGUACAGCUUGAUGGUAUCGAUUUUGAGAAAAAUUGUAUUACAGUAGAAGUCGGCUAUUGGCAUCAGCGAUUUGUCAGCGAAUUUUACUCGUUUACCCGACUUGGUCCAAUAACCCUAGGAGAGUCCACACGAUCGGCGGCGGGGGGAGGGUGGUGGUGCUGGUUACGGACUCAGGGAACCAAUUGAAAUAACCAUACACACACGUCAAAACUGGUAUUAUACACAGUUUUCAGAAUUUUAUGCAAAUCCCAGACUUAUGCCAAUAGCAGUGAUGCAAUUAGUUGGUGUCCACUGUACAUUCAUGCACUGAAACCGGUGAUUCCAUGACUGUACAAUAUUUGACUAAAGUGAUACUGCAAACUUAAAAAUGUCUCCUUUUGAUCCCUACUGCAAAAUCAAACAUCGCAAAUGUAACAGCAUUUACAGUAUCUAUUUAUGGUCUAUUUCAUUAGAAAAGUGACCUGACCUUCUAAUUGGUGGUGGACUUAAUGUUAGUUAUUUGUAUAAGAUGAUCCCUUUAUUCACUUUUAUGGUAUUGCUUACUGAUUGUGAAACUAUGUGAAGGUAUUGAAACAUUCCACCCUUGUAAAGCUAAAGAUAUGCUAAGUUGUAGACAAAUUUGUUUUUCAUUAUCGUUGUUGCAUGUGUUGUUGCAUGGGCUAUUGUAUAAUAGAGUGUGGAUUGUGGUAGGUUGCAGUAUUUCAAUAACUUAUAUAAAUUAUGUAACAAAGUCUAAUAUUGUGAUGACAGAAUCUCUAACUUUUAACAUGGCUACUACCCGUCACAUUAUCCACGGUCUUCGGGCGUAUUGAUGGAAGACUGGCCAUAUUUAAGAUCGACAGAGGGUAGCGCAUAUUUUUCACCUGAAAACCGUCCCUGUCACAUACAAGCCAUACUUUGUACAUUGUACAAUUGUUGUGCAAUAAUGGCUCGGGCGAUUGCGCAGAAUCGUCGUCUGAUUGAUUUUUGUGUAAUGUGACGGGUAUACAGAAUACUGAUUUUAGUAAGUUUCUUUCUUGCCAUGUUUUCCAACAGGCAUGUCAUGAUAUAUCAGUGAGCUCAAGUGUCAUCAUGUCAUCAUUUUAUGGUUACUGAUAUUCUGUCAUUGUCAAUUGAGUGAAGCUUGAUGCUUUCAGUAGCUAGUAGUGCUAAGCGACUCCACUAUCUAGAGCUUGUGUUUUGUACUGAAUAAAAAAUACUGAAGUUGUCAAAAAAUUUUGGAACAUUUAAAUGUU